CGUGAAAACAUGGCUUUACUUUGAUACACAGCCAAGCCAGUCUACUAGCGCGCUUCCCUUUCACUUGAAUGUCCAAUCUGUAGCGUUUAGGCCUACUUGAGAAUGGCUGAAAAUGUGGAUUCUCCACUCUGGAGAUUUCUUCGAGGUCGGGGUGUUCCAGAGGACUGUCUCUUCCGAAUGGAGCAAGAUCAUAUUGAUGCCACAGUCCUUGAUUAUAUGGAUGACAACACUCUGGCUGACUACAUCCCAACUUAUGGAGACAGGAUUGCGGCAAGACGCUUCUGUUUGCAACACAGUGCCACUGCCAAAACAAAAGAAUCUGCAAAACAUUCAAUGCUGGAAAAACUGAAGAGAAAAAUGGGCAUUGCUGUGAGUGAUGAGAACAAUAACCAGGAGACGUCUACCAAAAGACAGAAAAUACAUUAUGCAACGUGCAACAAAUUUGCAGAAAGGAAGACAAGAAAAGUGGAGUUGGGAUGGAUUCACGAAGGCAAACAAGUCAGAAAGCGCAAAGGAGGGGGGACAAGGACCCUUGAUGUACCCAAAGAAUCAAAGAAGACUGACAUACUGCAGUAUGCCAAAGAUAUUUUCUUCCCAAAUGGAAAAAAUAAGCUAGGAAAGUUUGAAACAUUUAGCCAUGACAUAGUAGAUUAUCAGGAAGAAGCUAUUUUUGAUGAUGCUAUUACAGUUGGGGAACUCUACAGCGUACUAAGAAUGGGAGUGUUGAGAUUCUACCUGUGCACAAAGGUUCCAAAAGAUAAAGAUGCUGAAGAAUGUGUCGGGGAAGAAUCAAAGAUGAACCAACAAAUGCAGAAUAGCAUGCAUGAAGAGGACGAGCUGCCUCUUCAAACUGUCGAUAUAGAAGCUUUUCUAGACACAUCUGAGGUGAUGAUUGGCCCUUUUCUCGGAGAACCCAUGGCUGGCCAACUGGAUGACACUUUGUUAUAUCAACCUGACCUGCUGCUCAAUGAGGACACUGCCAUCAUAUCAGUCAUAUUCCCCAGUGCAAGCUCAGCACUCAUCAUUCCAGACACAGCAAGUGACAACUCAUCCAGCAUGUCUCGCUCCACAAGUGCAGCAGAAAUUGCUCCCGAGUCAGCUAUAGAUGAUGUAGCAGGUACCUCUACAGAUUCAUCUGUUGUGAAUAUAACACUUAAACUACACAGGGUCAAUCUUCUGGAAGAGAUGAUAGCCCAAUUCAAGGAUUCAGCACUUCUCAAGCACUCCCUUCGAUACACUUACAUUGAUGAAAGAGGAGCCGACCUCAAUGGUGUCUCAAGGGACGUGUAUGCUGCAUUUUGGACACAACUUCUGGACCACACAGCUGAAGGGGAGGACCUGAGGGUUCCAUCUCUGUGUCCUAAAUGGCAAGAGGAAGAAUGGAAAUCCAUCGGCCGAAUCCUACUCAAAGGAUUUCAAGACCAUGGCUAUUUUCCCUGUCGCUUAUCCCCCGCUUUCGCAGUUUCACUAAUUUUUGGUGAGAAUGAAGUCUCAGAUGAUGUGCUUUUUGAAAGUCUUCUUCUGUUUGUUUGUCAAUCAGAUAGGAAGUUAAUCACUACUGCCUUAAAAGAAGAUCUUUCAGAGGACGACAGGGAUGAGCUGAUAGAUCUGCUGGACCGCAUGGAUGUGACAGCCCUUCCAACACGAAACAAUUUGAAAGGCAUCCUUCUAAAGGUGGCACACAAACAGCUUAUCCAAAAGCCAAGAUAUGCAUCUGAGAAGAUGUCCUUGAUAGCUGGUGCCUUCCUAAAGGAUGCAUUCACAAGCCCUCAACAUGUCUUGGACAUGUAUGAGGAAAAAAAAACCAACAGCCAAAAAGUUUCUGAAGCUACUAGAAGCCUCUCCUAUGACUCAAAGAGAGACCCAGAGCCUUCGUUUCUUUCAACAAUAUGUUCGCGGAUUGGAUGCUACAGGUCUCAGACGGUUGUUAAGAUUCAUCACAGGGUCAGACAUAAUCUGUGUGAACAAAAUUGAGAUUGUGUUCACCCCAAUAGAUGGACUGGCCCGACGACCUGUGGCCCAUACGUGUGGUGCAGUUAUUGAACUGCCAUGGACAUAUGCUACCUAUCCUGAAAUGCGCACUGAAUUUGACAGCAUUUUGACUGAUAAAAGCGCAUAUGCAUUCACAAUUGUAUAGAGUGGUAUGUAUCUCAUCUGUCUCAGUGUAACAGGUUCAUUUUUGAGAGACGGAGGUACACAUCGUUUGCAAAACAAGCCUUUUUCUUUCAACAUGUUGAGUUUCAGAGAGCAGAGCUCAAGAUUUUACCACUUUUUUGUGUGACUGAUUUUAAUGUUAGUUGAGCUCAAAUCUAUUUCCAUAUGUAACCUGUUGAUGAGUUCCCACAGAGAGCGAUAUGCUUAAUACCUGUAUAUGUAUGGGGUCGUGCUGCUCUUGUUUGUUUAUAUCUAAACUUGUUUUUUUAUUAGGUAAUUCAUGUUGAUGAGUUCCAGAGUGCUGUGAGUUCAAGACCGAUUGAUUUCAAUGUUAAUUGAGCACAAAUCUAUUUCUAUACUCUUGUGACCUGUUGUUUUAUCAGGUAAUACAUGUUGAUGAGUUACCAAAGGCAGCAAUGUGAUACUACAAUUGUUGCUAUACAUGUUACUACAAAAUAAAUGUAGACUUGCACUUAUCACUCAUUUUUUCACUGAUCAUAUUGCAUCAUAAUGUUGGGAAACACAAGAGUUUAUUUUGUGUCAUAUUUAAGUUUGUUUUAUCCUAUAAAAAAAGAAAACAUAACCACACUGAAUUCUUGUAGGCCUAUACAUUACUUGGUAAACUACAGUAGGCAAAAUAGAUCAAUAAAUUAAAACAAAAAUAUUAUGGUUGGGAUCUGUCUAUUCCUCAAAUAUGAAAUGUUCAAAACAAAUCAACACAGUUGACAUUAUAGUCCUGAAUCAAUACUCCAGAAAUCAUGGGGUAAAUUGUGUAAACCAGGGGAAAAAAUCACAGCUAGAAUG